AGAUAGACGCUUUCACGGCAGUUCAGCCUUGCUGCCUGUGUGUGGCAACCCGGGGUAAAGCUGGACAACAGGGGGAAACGCGAGCUUGUGGAGAGUACCGUGUUACGCUUUUAAAGAACCUCUUCGAGUCAGAAGACAGAUUUUGGGAACGAAUAUGUGUAAUUUUUCCCCGUUUUUUUGGAGGGAUUAACCAGCCACAGACGGGGCGCGUUCCUUGGAGGUUGAACGCUGAAGAAUAAAGAGGUUUAAUCGAGCCCGACCGCACCGAAUUCUCUCCCCCAGUCUGGCUGGGUGCGCUCUGGAGGAUGCUGCGUCCACAUUACGAGGGAUUAAACGCCUGAAUUAUAUACUUUGUUUAUUUUUUUUCUUCUUCUUUUGGGAAACGAGCACCGGACGGAAGGUUAAGGCGCACGUUUGGGAUUUUCACGACCUCUCCUAUACCCCCACCCCCACCCUCCUGAGACUGCUGCUGCUGGGAGCAAAUUUCAACCAUUUUGCCAAAGGACCUGCACACUGGAGAAAUAAAGGAUAUACCUUUCGAGAUGUAUCCACAAGGCCGACAUCCGGCUCCGCAUCAACCUGGCCAGCCUGGUUUCAAAUUCACAGUAGCAGAGUCUUGUGACAGAAUAAAAGACGAGUUUCAGUUCCUGCAAGCCCAGUAUCACAGUCUCAAGGUGGAGUACGACAAACUGGCCAAUGAGAAAACCGAGAUGCAGCGCCACUAUGUCAUGUAUUACGAGAUGUCCUAUGGGUUGAACAUCGAGAUGCACAAGCAGACGGAGAUCGCCAAACGACUCAAUGCAAUUUUAGCUCAGAUUAUGCCUUUCCUGUCGCAAGAGCACCAACAGCAGGUUGCUCAGGCAGUGGAGAGGGCUAAGCAGGUGACUAUGACAGAGCUGAAUGCCAUCAUCGGGCAGCAGCAGCUUCAGGCACAGCACCUCUCUCAUGCUGCUCACGGGCCUCCUGUCCAGCUGCCGCCCCACCCUUCAGGUCUGCAGCCACCUGGCCUCCCGCCUGUGACAGGGUCUGGGUCAGGCCUGUUGGCGCUUGGGGCUCUGGGAAGCCAAGCUCACCUCCCAGUAAAGGAUGAAAAGAACCACCAUGAUCUUGAACACAGAGAGAAUACGAAUAAUUCAAUAUCUCCAUCAGAAAGCUUACGAACAGCCAGUGAGAAGCAUCGCAGUUCUUCCGACUACAGUCUGGACUCUAAAAAGCGCAAAGUGGAGGAGAAGGACAGCAUGAGCAGAUACGACAGUGAUGGAGAGAAGAGUGAUGACUUGGUGGUAGAUGUAUCUAAUGAGGAUCCUGCCACUCCACGGGCAAGCCCAGCCCAUUCACCACCUGAAAAUGGCAUUGAUAAGCCACGCCCACCCAAAAAGGACACGCCAAACAGCCCUGCGUCAGUGGCAUCAUCUGGAAGCACACCAUCCUCCAAGGCCAAGGAGCUCAGUCAUAAUGACAAAUCCUCCACGCCUGGUCUCAAAUCCAACACCCCCACCCCACGCAACGAUGCCCCCACCCCUGGCACCAGCUCCACUCCUGGGCUCAGACCCAUCCUGGGCAAACCACCAGGCAUGGAAGCUCUCGCAGCGCCCGCUUUGCGUACCCCUCUGUCCAUUGCAGGCUCCUAUCCUUCCCCCUUUGCCAUGAUGGGCCACCAUGAAAUAAAUGGGGGCCUGACGAAUCCUGGGGUGUAUGCUGGUCUUCACAUUUCCCCUCAGAUGAGUGCUGCAGCAGCUGCCGCUUAUGGACGGUCCCCCAUGGGAUUUGAUCCUCACGCCCCUAUGAGAGCUCCAGGCCUUCCAGCCAGCCUCACUUCUAUUUCGGGUGGCAAACCAGCUUACUCUUUCCACGUCAGUGCAGAUGGUCAGAUGCAGCCUGUGCCCUUCCCACCCGAUGCCCUCAUUGGCCCCGGUAUCCCACGGCAUGCCCGUCAGAUCAACACUCUCAGCCAUGGUGAGGUGGUGUGUGCAGUUACCAUUAGCAACCCCACACGUCACGUUUACACUGGUGGCAAAGGCUGUGUCAAAAUCUGGGACAUCAGCCAACCAGGCAGCAAGAGCCCCGUGUCCCAACUGGACUGUCUGAACAGGGAUAACUACAUCCGAUCCUGUAAGCUGCUGCCUGAUGGUCGCACAUUGAUCGUUGGAGGCGAGGCCAGCACAUUGACCAUCUGGGAUCUGGCCUCGCAGACACCCCGCAUCAAGGCUGAGCUCACCUCCUCGGCCCCGGCAUGCUACGCCUUGGCCAUCAGCCCUGACGCCAAAGUCUGCUUCUCCUGCUGCAGCGAUGGAAACAUUGCCGUUUGGGACCUGCACAACCAGACUCUUGUCAGGCAGUUCCAGGGUCAUACAGAUGGUGCUAGCUGUAUUGACAUUUCCCAUGAUGGUACUAAGCUGUGGACAGGCGGUCUCGAUAACACUGUUCGCUCUUGGGAUCUGAGGGAGGGUCGACAGCUGCAGCAGCAUGAUUUCACUUCACAGAUCUUUUCUUUGGGCUACUGUCCGACUGGAGAAUGGCUCGCUGUGGGCAUGGAGAGCAGUAACGUGGAGGUGCUCCACCAUUCAAAGCCUGACAAGUACCAGCUUCACCUGCACGAAAGCUGCGUUCUCUCCCUCAAAUUUGCCUACUGUGGUAAAUGGUUUGUUAGCACUGGGAAGGACAAUCUGUUGAAUGCUUGGAGGACUCCUUAUGGCGCCAGCAUAUUCCAGUCCAAGGAAUCCUCAUCUGUCCUGAGUUGUGACAUCUCAACAGACGACAAGUACAUCGUAACAGGCUCUGGAGACAAGAAGGCCACUGUAUAUGAAGUGAUUUACUAGAAGGAACUGCUUUGGAUUUGGGGCACGGUGAUGCUCAGGAACAGUAAACUCUUCCUCCAUCUAUCUUCCCUCACACAGACGGCAUGGACUCUGGAUUUUGCCUGCAGCCCGGGAUGGAGGGCAGGAAGUUUGGCAGUGCCAGACUCAAAUGGAGUGCUUGUUUACCCUGGAUUUUGUGUCAUUCACCUCUGCCCUCCAUCAUCGAUACAACACUUGUACAGCAAGUGCAAUUUCUGAAAGCACUAAGAGAAAAAAAAAGUUGCUGUUUUUUUCUGGUUGUUGGAUAUUUCUCAUUUUUUUCCAUACUUUUUAUUGUGGAGAUAAG